AUGCCUCCAACUGCGUACUCAAAUUUUCAUGCAUACACUACAACAGCUUCAGCGUACGUAGCUGCCACAAUGAACACACAAAACAAUAAUAAUUCUUCAAAUAAAACACCGAGCAACCGAAGGGUCAUCGAUAGCGAGCUUAAACAUAAAAUCGUUGAUGAUAUUUGUAUCGAAACGAACCUGUACACUAUACUUGGUGUCGAUCGAUCUUGUACAUCCGAAGAACUAAGAAAGGCUUAUAUUAGUAGGUCUAGAAUUUGUCACCCGGACAAAUUUCCUGAAUACCCAAAGGCAACUGAAGCAUUUCAAAAACUGGCAUAUGCCUACGAAACACUUAACAAACCAUCCUCACGACGUGCAUACGAUGUAUCGGGGACAAGUGACCUUGGUAGUGUAAAUGGUACAGGUGAUGAAACAUUACAUGGUGUUUUAUAUCAGUUGUUUUUGGAAUUUAUGGAUGGCGACUUUGAAAUGAUCCGUGCGUUAGUCAAUGCACUGAAUGAAGGUAAUCCCGGACUCAACCUUGGUGACGAUGCUAUUGAAACUCUAGAGACUGCUUUUCGACGGAUGAGAGAUUUGCUUUUGGCUGGUAAAAAAUAUGUCAAAAUUGUUCAAUUCGAGUUGAUUCGGCUUUACGAGAUUCAACAGCAGCUCCGAGCUCUUUCCUAUUUUGAUAUACUUGGUCGUUUAAGACUUACCAUGCAAUUGGCUCGACUCACACUGACCAUACCAAUAAUGAUUGACAAAUCAAUGAAAGCAGAGUUUGAACAAUCAGGAGGCAAAGGCUUAAAUAAGGGAUUAUUAGGUGACGGUAUGGCCAAAGUAAUCUCAGGUCUGGCAACUGUAUUGGAACGAG